CUUGGAUUAGAUAAUAGAGGAAAGAAAUGGAGAGACAACACCCAUUAGAUGCAGAAGCUGGACAAAGCCCUCCUUUUGCUCCGUUUGGGCAGAUCAGGAUAAAAACUGAGCCAAAGGACCCAGCCAAAGACUUUAUCAGCUCGGAGAUCCAGCGUAAAAACUUCAGGAAGGUGUCUUACCAGGAGGCUGGGGGUCCCCGAGGUCUCUUCAGCCAACUCCAUUGUCUUUGCCAUCAGUGGUUGAAGCCAGAAAGACAUACAAAGGCAGAGAUGCUGGACCUGGUGGUUCUGGAGCAGUUCCUGGCUCUUCUGCCUCCAGAGAUGGAGAGCUGGGUGCGGAAUGGUGGAGCAGAGACCAGCUCCGAGGCGCUGGCCAUGGCUGAAGGCUUCCUCCUGAGCCAAGUGGAGGAGCCAAAGGAGCAGGUCAAGCUUCAGGCCCAGAGGCCUCUCUUGGGAGCCAUUCCUCAACAUCUGGAUGGAAAGAGCAACCCCUCAAAUCUUUCCCAGGAAUGGCCUAUUUGGAAGAACUCCCAGGAAAAGCCAAGUUUGCUCAUCUCACCAG